GAGGUGAAGCCUUGCACCUUCGGGCUGGGGGCCAUGGAGCGCUUCGUCUACCCGCCCUACGGCAUCUACCAGGGCUACGGGGUGCCCUUGGCGGCCAGCAGCCACAACGCGGCCCCGAGGUCCCUCCACCCCCAGCCGCCCUCGAAGCAGAACCAGCCCAACUGGAAGCAGAACAAGGGCGGAGGGAGCAGCCACUUCCCGCCGCCCGCGCCCUCGGAGCCGCUGGAGGCUUACAAGCGGGCCCAGCUGAAGGCGCUCCUGAGCCAGGCUAACCCGCGGCCCCGGAGGGCCAACACCAAGGAGGCCGGCGUCCAGGUCAACCCCAGGGUCGACGCCGCCGUCCAGUGCUCGCUGGGCCCGCAACCCCUUUUCUCGCCCCUCUUCGCUUGCCCCGAGGAAGGAGAAGCCAAGACCCAGCGCCAAGGAGAAGGAGGAGAAGAAGCAGCAGCGGAGGAGAAAGAGAAGGAGGAGGAGGAGGAGGAGAAGGAGCAGCCUGGGAAGGGAGACGAGCUCCCAAAGGGGGAGGGAGAGGCCGCCGGGAAGGGCGGGGACGCCGAGGGAAGGAGCAAGACCACCUUCCAGUUUCUAGAACAGAAAUAUGGUUAUUUCCAUUGCAAAGACUGCAAGAGCAGAUGGGAAAGUGCUUAUGUGUGGUGCAUUUCUGGAACAAAUAAGGUUUACUUCAAACAGCUCUGCCGUAAAUGUCAGAAAAGCUUCAAUCCUUAUAAAGUGGAAGCAAUUCAGUGCCAUAUCUGUUCAAAGACCCGUUGCUCCUGUCCGCAGAAGAAAAGGCACAUUGACCUCAAGAGGCCGCAUCGCCAAGAGCUGUGUGGCCGCUGUAAAGGCAAGAGACUGUCUUGCGACAACACCUACAGCUUCAAAUACAUUAUAUAACCUGCUCUGAUUUCUAAUGUGGGCUCUUCUUGCACUUCGCACUAUGCACUUUGUUACUGCUUUUGUAACAUGGGUUUGACUUUAGGCUUUUGACCUGGCAUUGGAUAAUGGAUUAGAGAUUUUUGUAAAACUAGGAAAUAUUCAUAAAUUAGCAUAUAUUCCUUAUAACUUAUAAUAAAAUUAAAAUUCUCCUGA